AUGACGAAACACAAGUGGAUAAUCUAUCGAGGAUUAGGGUCCAGGCAGUCUUUCUCUCUGUCUCUGACUCUCUCUCUCUCUCUCUCUCUCUCUCUCUCUCUCUCUCUGGCUGUCUCUGUCGUUCUCUGUGUCUGUCUGUCUCUUUAUCUGUCCCUGUCUCUGACUUUCUUUCUUUCUGUGUCUCACUUUCUCACUGUCUCUGGCUCUCUUUCUCUCUGUCUACCUUUCUCUCUCUCUCUCUCUCUCUCUCUCUCUGUCUCUGACUCUCUCACUGUUUCUCUCUCUCUCUAUGUCAUUCUCUGUCAGUGUCUCUGUGUUCGUCUGUCUGUCCGUGUCUCUCUCUCUCUUUCUCUCUCCCCCUCUCUCUCAAGAAACAGUUUUCUUUCUCUAUCACCCUCUCCUCGUUCACCCUCUCUCUUUCUCUUCUUUCUCUCUUUGUCUUUUCUCGCUAUUUCUCUCGCUCUCUUUUUUGCUCUUUCUUCAUCUUUUUUCUCGCCUACUCUCUCUCUUUUUCGCUCUUUCUCCCUCUCUCUUUUCCCUCUUUUCUCGUUCUUUCUCCCGCUCUCUUUUUUAGAUUUCUCACUCUCUCUUUUCUCACUCUUUCUUUUUGCUCUCUCUUUCCCUCUCCCCCCCAUUAACUCAUUAGAGAAGAGAUUAGCUUAA